ACAACUCUCCUUGUAGUCCGUCCUCUGUAUUUCCAUUUUCUUCUCAAAUUUACCACUACUUUCUAUCAUAUUUUUUUAGCAUUUUUUCCUCUCUAAACAGAAGUUGUUUCUUGCACUGUAUGUUGGAAGGAGAAAAUUCGAAUUAUUAUCAGCACAGAAAGAACAAUGGAGAAUCAAAAUUAUGCACCGUCCCAUUCAGACGCGUCGCGGCCUUCACUUGGCUUCCCUCUCGGAACUGCGCUUCUAUUGCUAAUAAUUUUCAGCUUGAGUGGCAUCUUUUCUUGUUGCUACCAUUGGGACAAGCUUCGAUCUCUCCGUCGAUCUAUUGCCAACGGCACAGAUCUCGAGGCCGGCGGAGACCCUUCAUAUUUGAAAUCUAAACGAGCAUACAUGAAUUGUAAGCAAAACCAAAUCUCAGACAUGCCAGCAGUGUUAAUGCCUGGAGAUCAAGUACCCAAGUUCAUAGCAUUGCCAUGUCCAUGUCAGCCUCCCAGACCAGACAAGGUACUUGCUGAGGUUCAGCAGCAGCCGUCAUCUCCAAUGAAGCCACCUCCUCAUACACCAGUACGGGCAGUGGCAGAGGCAGAGGAUGUAACUUUCACUCAAAUUCGUAGUACUUUUUACUUGUAAAUAUAAAUUAAAUUUAUAUGAGCAAUUUUCUACUACAUUUUUACUCUUUU